GCUCCUCUAGGAACCUAGAUCCUAGCUUUCCCACACUGCUGCAUAAGAAUUUGCUUUAGUUGGUGCCCAAAGUUGUUUCCAAUUCGUGUGCGAGUGUGUGAGAGGUGUUUAUGGCGACGGUCCAACAAGAGAUGGAGGCAGAUGCUAUGAAGUUGUUCAUCGGUGGAAUCUCAUGGGACACUAAUGAGGACCAUCUUCUAAAGUACUUCAAGAAGUAUGGGGAGGUGGAGGAGGCCAUCGUCAUGCGGGAUCGGGCUACUGGUCGUAGCCGAGGCUUCGGAUUCAUCAUGUUUGCUGACCCUGCUGUAGCCAAGCAUGUCAUCAUGGAGAAGCAUAUGAUUGAUGGUCGAAUGGUAGAGGCAAAGAAAGCUAUUGCUAGAGAUGAUCAUCAUUCUCUUAAUAAUAUUCAUGGUAGUGCUCAUGGACUACAAAGGCCCAAACACAGAAAGAAGAUAUUCGUUGGUGGUCUAGCUUCCAAUGUGACAAAGGAAGACGUUAUAAAGCACUUUAAACAAUUUGGAACAAUCAUUGAUGUUGUCGUGGUAUAUGACCACCACACACAACGCCCUAGAGGCUUUGGGUUCAUCACGUAUGAUUCAGAAGAUGCUGUGCAUAGGGCAUUAAUCAAGACCUUCCAAAAAUUGAAAGGUAAGAUGGUUGAGGUCAAGCGAGCUAUUCGUAAGGAACCAUCUCCUAUACCUAGCAUGUGCUCUCCUAUCAAUGGGUUCAAUUAUGUAACCGGUAGAGCCAAUAGCUUCCUUAAUGGAUAUACCCAACAUUACAAUAUGAGUCCAUUAGGUGGCUAUGGAAUGAGGAUGGAUGAAUGUUUUGGUCUUCUAUCAGGUGGGAACACGAACAAUGGUUAUCCAUCUUUUGGUGGUAGUCAUGGAAUUGGAAUGAAUUUUGACACAUCGAUGAACCCAUGUACUGAAAGUGGCUCUAGCUUCAAUAGUGGUAUUCAACAUGGAUGGCAUCUUAAUCCAUAUUACAAUGGAAAUUUAGGUGGAUUCAACAACUCUGUUAGCUAUGGUGGAGUCAGUGGAAAUAAUGGUUUACUGUUUGACUCACUAGUUCAUAACCUUUGGGAUAUUUUUGGUCUUAAUCACUCUUCUAGUUCCACAAGCUCUAAUUUCUUUGUGCCAUUUGGAAAUGGGGACCUUAGUGGAAUUGGGAACAACAAUGUGAAUUGGGGAAACCCUCAUCAUGUGCCUGCUCCAGGUGCCAAUAAUUGCUCUGUUUACUGUACUGGAAACUUUUGUUAUGGGUCCAGUGAAACCAACUUUGGUCAAGGUUCUAGUGUUUAUGGAAGGAAUAUUGGAUCAAGUGGUGACAAUAACUUAAACCAAUCAACCAGUGGGUAUGCAAGGAACUUUGGAGAUUCUUCAGUAGGUGGUGGCUCCAUCUAUGGAGACACAACCUGGACAUCUAGAUCUUUUGAGCAUGAUGUUACAAAAAUGAAUUCAACCGGUCACAUGGGCCAUUGA